CUAAUUUAAAAUUGGGAUUAUCUGAAAUAAUUACAGCAAUAAAUAUGACUGAAUAAAAUUAUUAAAUUAAAAAAGUCAUCGACUGAAGAACACUUGUGCGUGAAUUGGAACGGAAUGACAUGAAAAUAAAUGUUGCUAUUUUUCUUAAAAAUGGCAGCAUAAAUGUCGUAAGCUUUUCUUUUCUUUUUUCUAUGAGAAAAGUUAUAAAUACAAAUUUGUGGACGAUUUAUAAUGCUAUUGAUAGAGAAUCAGACAGUGAAAAUAUUUAUAGACGAAAUCAAAUAAUUAACAAAUGUUGAGAAUUACUAUGACCUUCGCAUUUCUAGUGGCGUAGACUCCGAGCAAAUGUUGAACGGUCCGAACGAAAACGAAACCAGUAGCUCGAGCGUUUCAAGCGAACCCAGAGAUACCAUGAGCGCUGGCACGGCGACACUGGAGCGCGAGCUGAGUCGCACGCGGAGGCUGCUGUGGGGCGAGCAUGUUAAGGAGGACGUGUUCCGGCGCUGGGCGCAGGGCUUUGCGUUCAGCGCCGACGAGCCCAGCGCACUCAUCCAGCAGGAGGGCGGGCCGUGCGCUGCCAUUGCGCCCGUGCAGGGUUUCCUGCUCAAAAUCCUGCUGUCCGAGACGCCCGGCCACAGCCUACGAGAUUUGACGUCGGAAAAGUGCAAUUCCUUGCUAGUUAGGGCUGUGUGUACGAUUUUAAGUCAGUGCCUUGCUUCCAAGUACAAUGUUGCUGUUUACCGCAAGAAUGACUCUGAGGCCGACACAAGUUCCGGCCUCAAUGUUAGUGCUGAGGAACAGUCUUGUGAUGCAAUUGACCACUUCCACAGAAGAAUGGAGGUGCACUCUUUUCAGACAUUAUCGGAAGUGGAAGCAUUCUACACAAGAAACAUUCGUAUUUUAAAGGACAAGUAUGGUGUUCUACUGUUGUUAUAUAGUGUCAUCCUUAGCAAGGGUGUGGGUACGGUGGAGGCUGAGCUGUCAGAGUUAUCUGAUCCUCUAAUUCAUUCAACUUAUGGAUAUGGCUCACAGGGGCUCAUCAAUCUCAUGCUAACGGGCAGGGCUGUGGCUCACGUGUGGGAUCAUGACCAAGUUGUUGGUGGACUGAGACUGCGAGGAAUUGAGAGACAGAAUGACAUAGGAUUCCUUACUAUUAUGGAGCACAUGCAAUACUGCACCGUAGGUUCAUUUUAUAAAAACCCAAAACAUCCGGUUUGGGUUUUGGCUUCAGAGACACACCUCACUGUGCUGUUUUCUUCUGAAAGAAGACUUGCAGCACCUGAAACGGCAGGAGAAUCUGCUGAGCGAAUAUUUAGAUCGUUUGAUCCAGAAGGGAAUAAUUUUAUUCCAUCAGCAGCACUCCAGGAUGUAUUGUGUGCUGCUGAUCUGGUUAGUGAGCCAGAGUAUGUGGAAUUAAUGAGAAGAAAACUUGAUUCUGAAAGUUUAGGAAUUAUUUUAUUGAGUGCUUUUAUGGAUGAGUUCUUUCCUGGUAGUGAGCGAGGUGCUCCCGACACAUUCACUCUGCACCACUAUAAUGGUUUGCCUCGCAGUAAUCCAAGUGGUCAUGUGAUUUACCGUACAGGCCGUGCUGCUUUGCUCGAGUGUCCAAUGCAUGCAGCCAGCACAGACCCCAUGCUGACCUGCUUGCAGACUAAGUGGCCCAGUAUUGAUGUUGUAUGGGACGAAGGUCAGUCUCCCUCUCUAAAUUAGUAUGAGCUGCAUAUUGCUCGGAACUUGUACUGUGACACAGUGAAGAGAGUUAACAUAAAAUGUAUCUUACAAUAUGUUGCAGAAAAUUCCAUUACUUUAUUGUAUUAAUUUAUGUAUAGAAAUUGUAUUAAAUGAUUUCAAGGCCUCCAUGGAUAAUGACAUUACCAUGGGCAGCUAUUUUUCAUAAAUUUGUUAUACCUUGACAAUAUAAGUUGAAUUCAUGGCAGUCAAAUUAGGAGAUAAAUUAAACAGUUUACAUCAUUUCAUACUACAAUCGCUUAAUAAGCCUAUCUAUAAUGUUUAAAAUGAAGAUUUUUCUGAACAAUAUUGAAGGGUUUAUUACUAGAUAAUUGCAUGAUGAAAAAAGAUUGUUUUCUCUGUCCUUAAGCCUUGGUUUUUCACUUGCACAGAUUUAAUCUUAAAUUUGAAAUUUAAGAAAUCCUGGAGAUUUGGGCUUGCAUUUUGAUGCAGUGUGGCAGACUGCACUAUAUUUGCCUAUAUCACAAUACAAAUGGCUGACUUUUAUCUUUAGAAAGUAUGUUUUGCCAUACCUUAACACAAAUCUUUCCUUUUGUAAUUUUUUUUGCACUUUAUGUGAGCUAUUAUACUGCAAUAAAAUAAUGCUAUAUUAUUAUUUUAUGGCAAAAUAUUUUUAUUUCAAAUUCAAAAUUCAUAUAUUACAAGUAGGCCUACUUUAUAAGCACUUUUGAAAUUUUAAGUAUUUCUGUUUGUAGUGGCUUUACCACAAUUUCAUUAUCUGAAUAGGGAUUUCCUCCAAAUCUAUGAAAGGGUUAGAUGUAUAUUUCUCCCAGGAAUUGUUCCCCGAAUUUAAUAUAAUAAUUGUAAUUUUACCAGAUCUUGAUAAAAGAACUGGACAUAACAACAAUGUAUGGUUUAUUAACUAUAAAUAACAAAAAUUUAUCCCUAAAAUAUUAUGGAAUUGUUUGCAUUGCUGCAUUCUCCAUUGAAACAGUUUGCAUAACUGUAGUUACAUGUAUGGAGAGCAAAUAACAAGCACUGUACUGUCAUUCUUUGUUGCACAUAGCCAUGUAUUAUGGCCGAUUCACAUUAUUGUAGCAGCUGGAUCCAUAAAGUUUAUGCCUGCAAUGUACUUUAAUAGAUGGCAUUGUUUGUUUGCAUUAUUCCAGCCAAUUGUAGGCUGAGUUUGCAAACUCAUAGACUAUGCCAAGAAGUGUUUGGGUAAUGUUCCAGUGGGCUGGAUGGUUCACAAUUACUACUGUUAUUUACUAUGGUUAUUCAAUACACUACUGGAACUAAAGCACCGUUUACAUUAAACAGUUCAGUACACAGCUAGGCUGGAUUGCUUCUGGAAUUUUGUGAACCAGUUAUUACUCCACUAACUACUUUAAUGCCAGCUGCGUUACAUUAUUUGAUAAUGAAAUUUCAGUUCCCACAAAGAGGUACAUUUUUUAUAUAUUAAUGAUAUACUUUUAAUGUAUAAUAAAUAAUCUACUCACCACUGUUGUUAUUUUGAAUGAUUUUAUUUUUAUAAAACUACUGUGUAGCACAUUUAAUAAUAUGUAUAGAAAUUAUUAGUAUAUAAUAUGUAGGUAAACAAAUUACCAUGACGGUAUGAUUAAAUUAUUACCAUAUACCGCAAUACUCCUGUAACAAGUGUGUACACCCGAUUUAUUGGUGUGAGUUUCGAUAUUAUAAGCCCAGAGUAAGUAGCACGUAAUUAUCCUAUUUUAAAAGUGGCACUUUUACUUUCAAAGUUUUCGUCAGGUUCGCGGGCUGUAGUAGUAUUUUUAAUAAAAUUUCGUUAAUGUAACAAAACCUUCACGCACCAAACCAAACAAAACUAGGGGUAGUAUUCAGGUUUUCAAAUAUAUAUAUCCAUCCGUAGAACCCCGCAGCAAAGGAAAUGACGUCCGAACCUGUGUCCAUGCUGUCCUACGUACGACCAAUCACAUGACUUCCAAAACCGGGGAUCUUGUGAUUGGUCGUACGUGGACGCAAACAUUUGCACUCAACAACGGACGCAGUGUGGACUGUGAUCGCCCCGGUUUGUCCUUUACUCAAACAAAUUCUUUGAAUGAAAACCAGACUUCGCACUUUGACUUACUUUAUAAUAUACCGUGACAAUAGUUCAUAGGCGGAGUUUUAAGUAUUGGAUUUAAUUUCAUAAACAAAUCGUUACUACAUUCUUUGUCAGAUUGAUGUAAAAUAGCUGUGCACAUUCAUGUAAUAACCUUAAAAUGAAAAAUUGAUUUUCAGUUAAUCGUAAAAAAUAGUGGAACAUGCUUUUUUUAAUUACA